GUCAAGUGUUGAAGCGUUAAACUCCAAAUAUGGGAAUCUUUCUUCUGCUUUAAACCCCCCACAAGAAUCUUUUCUUCAUCAAUUUUCUCUAACAUCUCGGAUAUCUGAUAUAGCUCAAAGUUGAUUGUCUCUUUGAUCACCGGAAAAUUUCAGGAGUACUAACUUGACCCAGAUUUUCUACAAACUCAUGUAGAUUCUGUACAUUCAAGGGAUACAUGCAGCUCUUUAUCAAGUUAAUACCUAGUCCUGACACCAUCUUAAAAACCAGUAGAAUCACCAUAUACAGGGUGCUGAAUUAUUCUUCUUUCUGAACAAUUUGGAGUUCUUUUUAAGGAUUACCUUGAGAAAUGGACAAAAAUCUUUCUGGAGAAGAUAAUGAUGAUAUUGAUUGGGAUACUGAAGAUGAACUGGAAAUACAAGAAAUACAGGAUACAGUAUUUUCUUCAUGCACGGAUUUAAGAACUACUGGGCAGCAAGUUGUUUAUUGUGAUGGGGAGGCGAGCUCGUCAUCAGUUGCCUUCCAGUCCAAGUUCAUUCAGCAGUUUGUAGUGAUGGGAUUUCCUGAAGAAUCUAUUGCAAAAGCAAUAGAGAAAAACGGAGAAAAUUCAGAUUUGGUGCUGGAUUCUCUUUUGACAUUCAAGGCCAUUGAUGACUCUCCUGAAGAACAGCCCAGUGUUAGCCCUCUGCUGGAACCCUCCAUUAAUUCUGAUGAAAGCGCUUCUGAAUACAAUGAGAACAUUUUGGAUGAUGUUUAUGAGGAAGAUAGUUGGUCUUCUGACUCAGACAACUAUAUAAAUUCUGUCAAGCAGUGCUACUUGAAUGACGAGGGCAGUUCUUUGUCUGAAAAAGAAAAGAUGUUAUUAUUCCUGGCAAAUAUGGGAUAUCCAAAGGAAGAGGCCUCCAUAGCAAUGGAUAGAUGUGGUCCCAAAGCAUCACUCCCUGAAUUGGUAGAUUUCAUUUGUGCUGCUCAAAUGUCAAGAACGGAAGAUCCCUAUCUGCCAGAAGAUGUGAAGCCAAACCUGAAGGAUAUAUUGAAUGAUUGUGGUGGAUACAAAAAGAGGAAGAUGUACAAUGAAUUGUGCAAACGGAAAAAGCAAAGGGAGAUUUAUGGUGAAGAGCCAAUCCGAUUACCCAAACCAAUGAUUGGAUUUGGAGUUCCUACCGGAUCAGUUCCAAUAAUGGUUCAAAGAAUUCUUCCUGAGAAAACCAUUGGCCUGCCUUAUUUCUAUUAUGAAAAUGUCGCCCUAGCUCCUAAGGGUGUGUGGGACACCAUUAAGAGGCAUUUGUAUGAGAUUGAGCCAGAGUUUGUUGACUCAAAGUACUUUUCCGCUACUGCAAGAAAAAGAGGAUAUCUUCAUAAUCUGCCGAUUGAAAACAGAUUUCCUUUGUUUCCACUUCCCCCACGGACCAUUCACGAGGCACUUCCCCUAUCAAAGAGAUGGUGGCCAUCUUGGGAUACUAGGACAAAGUUAAACUGUUUACAAACAGCCAUUGGGAGUGCAAGAUUGACUGAUAAAAUCAGGAAAGCUGUGGAGAAGUAUGAUGGUGAGCCACCUAUGGAAACACAGAAGUAUGUUCUUUAUCAUUGCAAGAAGUGGAAUUUGGUCUGGGUAGGGAGAAACAAAGUUGCCCCUUUGGAGCCUGAUGAAGUUGAAAUGCUAUUGGGGUUUCCAAAGAAUCACACUAGGGGAGGAGGUAUAAGUAGGACUGAUCGAUACAAGUCACUUGGUAACUCUUUCCAGGUUGACACAGUGGCGUACCACUUAUCAGUGUUGAGAGACUUGUUUCCAAAUGGAAUCAACGUCUUAUCACUCUUCUCUGGCAUUGGUGGCGCUGAAGUUGCUCUCUACCGUCUCGGUGUUCCACUCAAUAAUGUGGUUUCAGUUGAAAAGUCCGAAGUGAACAGGAAUAUUGUGAGAAGCUGGUGGGAGCAAACAAAUCAGAGGGGGAAUCUCAUACAUUUUGAGGAUGUGCAGCUGCUGAGCAGAGAUCGCUUGAAGAAGUUAAUAGAAUCAAUUGGAGGAUUUGAUUUAGUGAUAGGUGGAAGCCCGUGUAACAACCUUGCAGGCAGUAACAGGGUGAGCAGGGAUGGGCUUGAAGGCAAAGAGUCUUCUCUAUUUUUUGAUUAUGUUCGGAUAUUGGAUGAUGUCAAGUCCCUAAUGUCUAGACAUAGAUGAUUUAGAUAUCCUAUUCCUUUUUCUUAACCUUUCCAAGGCUAAGGUUAUUCUUUGUAGGGUGAAAUCAAACUAGAUACUCAUUGCAAUUCUGCAUUGUGCUGGGGUAUCUUAUUGUAUGAAAUUUUUGUGGUUGAUGGAAGUAAUGUGAUUGUUUCUGGUC